CCCAUGCGAAUACGACAUAAUAAAACGCAAUUGAAUAAUCUACCCAAAAGAACAAUCUCACAAGACGGUAUAAAUUAUUACUGCUGGAUUGUUACUACUGAAGCUAAACCACACAGAGAUAAGAAAUCUAGGAAGUCUCAAGAUAAUUUAUCGCGAUGUUUAAAAGCAAAUGCAUCUGAGUAUUUGGGAAUUAAUUGUUUUUGUGUGUGGUUAUAUUUAGAUACUCGCUGGGGUCCCAAGCCAACAAACUGCAGACUUGAUAGAUGUGGAUUAUUACUAUUAUUGGAUAUAACAUACUAA